CUCCUUCUAUUCAUCAUCAUUAUCAUCAUUCUCUUCUUUUCUCCUUCUCUUACAGAUAAAUGGCCUAGAUGUUUGUCUCCAAUUUUUUUCUUUUCACCUUUUAGUAACAUCGGUUACACAUUGAACGGUUAGACCAUAUUUCAACCGUUUUGUCUGGUUUCAACCAUAUUUUUCUUUUUCACUCUUUUCCUCUUCUUCUUCUAGUUUCUUUAAACAAUUGUGAUAGUAUAUAAAUAAUUGUGUUUAUAUAUUAAUUAUUAUGUGGUUUUGAUCAUUAACCUUCGAACCAUGAUUUGUUUCUAUCGAUGGCCCAAUCAUAUUUACCAACAUACCAAAUUGUUUUAUUUGUUGUUUUGGGGAUAAAUGUUAUUUUUUGGAUCAUUCUUCUUUGUUGGAGGUUUUUUUGUUUCGAUACAAUGGCCAAUAAUUUAACAAGAUGUCGCCGAUUCUUGAACUCAUUAACCAGCUUAUCAAUCAAUGUUAACCAGAUGCACAAUUUUACAAUUAGAGGAGCCGUUUUGAGGAUUAAUAGUGAUUUACCUCCACCUUAUGAACAAGCCAUAAAAUAUCCAUCAUUGACAUCAAUCUCAGGACAGUUGACUGGCCAUUGUAACCAAGUUUUAAUAGCUGAACAUGCUAAUUGUUGCUCAUCUCAAUUGGAACCAGCUCCAAGCUAUUUUGAGUCACAAGUAUUAUCCUUGCCAUUACAUCAACCCCACACAGCGCCGUCAUCUUCAUCAUCCUCGUCAUCAUCUUCAUCUGUAUCUUCAUCAUGCUCGACGAAACCAAUCAAAGGUAGAUCAAUACACAGGUCUUUUUCAUUUGGUGAUAUGGAAAGCUAUAAAAAAUUUCACCAUUAUUUAAACAAUGUCUAGUGAUGUACACAUUUUUGUCAAUCUUAAAAUUGGACCCGCUUAUACAAUAAAGCAGUAACUCAAAUUAUUUAAA